CGCCCACUCUGGAUCUGAGUGGCUUGAGGCCUGCGGCGUCCGCUGCGGCCGGGACGGGGACGCGGACGUGAGGCAGGAGCGAUGGUGCCCCAUCUGGUGUCCAGGUGGCCUGUGUGGCUCUUCAGGUGGCCGGCGGCCUGCACUCCUGGAGCCUCUGUGCAGCAUAACACAUGGGCGGGGAUGACGAGGACCCCCGCUGGGGGCAGCCCUUGGGGGAUCGUGGGCACCAGCACCCCGGUUCGCAGAGGCAGCUCCUCCACGUCCUCCCGGGCCCCCGAGGUGAUGCUGACCCACAAGCGCUACCCCGUGCGGAGGCUGCCCUUCUCCGUGGUGUCCGAGCAAGACCUGGCCGCCUUUGAGCGCAUCGUCCCCGGCAGGGUCAUCACAGACCCUGAGGAGCUGGAGCCUUCGAACGUGGACUGGCUGAGAACCCUGCGAGGCUGUAGCAAGGUGCUGUUGAGGCCCCGGACAUCGGAGGAGGUGUCCCACAUCCUCAGGUACUGUCACGAGAGGAACCUGGCUGUGAACCCGCAGGGGGGCAACACGGGCAUGGUGGGGGGCAGCGUCCCUGUCUUUGACGAGAUCAUCCUGUCCACUGCCCUCAUGAACCAGGUCAUCAGCUUUCAUGAGGUGUCCGGGAUCCUGGUUUGCCAGGCAGGGUGUGUCCUGGAGGAGCUGAGCCGGCACGUGGAGCAGCGGGACUUCAUCAUGCCGCUGGACUUAGGGGCCAAGGGCAGCUGCCACAUCGGGGGCAACCUGGCGACCAAUGCAGGCGGCCUGCGGUUUCUGAGAUACGGCUCACUGCACGGGACUGUCCUGGGCCUGGAAGUGGUGCUGGCCGACGGCACCGUCCUGAACUGCCUCACCUCCCUGCGGAAGGACAACACGGGCUACGACCUGAAGCAGCUGUUCAUUGGGUCAGAAGGCACCCUGGGGGUCAUUACCGCCGUGUCCAUCUUGUGUCCGCCCAAGCCCAAGGCCGUGAACGUGGCCUUCCUCGGAUGUCCAGGCUUUGCUGAGGUUUUGCAGACGUUCAGCAGCUGCAAGGGCAUGCUGGGAGAGAUCCUGUCGGCGUACGAGUUCAUGGAUGCUGAGUGCAUGCAGCUGGUUGGGCACCACCUCCAUCUGGCCAGCCCGGUGCAAGAAAGUCCGUUCUACGUCCUGAUCGAGACCUCGGGCUCCAGAGCCGAGCACGAUGCCGAGAAACUGAGCAUUUUCCUGGAGCAGGUGCUGGGCUCCGGCCUGGUGACCGACGGGACCCUGGCCACCGAUCAGAGGAAGAUCAAGGCGCUGUGGGCCCUGAGGGAGAGGAUCACAGAGGCGCUGAGCCUGGACGGCUACGUGUACAAGUAUGACGUGUCCCUGCCCGUGGAGAGGCUCUACGACCUUGUGACCGAGCUGCGCGCCCGCCUCGGCCCACAAGCCAAGCACGUGGUGGGCUACGGCCACCUGGGGGAUGGCAACCUGCACCUCAACGUGACAGCGGAGGCCUUCAGUGCGUCGCUGUUGGGUGACCUGGAGCCCUACGUGUACGAGUGGACAGCAGGGCAGCGUGGCAGUGUGAGCGCCGAGCAUGGCGUGGGCUUCAAGAAGAAGGACGUCCUGGACUACAGCAAGCCGCCCGAGGCCCUGCAGCUCAUGCAGCAGCUCAAGGCCCUGCUGGACCCCAAGGGCAUCUUGAACCCCUACAAGACGCUGCCCACCCGGGCCUGAUGCGGCCAGGGUCAGUGGGAGAGGCGGGGUGGCCUCGGUCCAGCCUCCUCUCGCCGUUGGGCCCAUGAGGCUGGUGUGGCUCAGGGCUUACACCCCAUGGAGCCAGCGGCAGGCACGGCGACCCCGCCUCCUGGUCAGAGGGCCAGGAGCUGGCUCUGCACAGCUGGCUCUCGCUCCUGGGCAGGAUCCCGCCUUCGGCUGCGCAGGUUCUGUUGGGUGAUGGGGGAGGAGAGGGCCACCCGGUGCUCUGCCCAGCCUCUGGGCGGGCACACCCCGUCCCUUUGUAGGUGGGCAGUGGAGCCUCUGUCGGCACAUCUUGGACAGUUGUACCCACUCGGAAACAGACCAGAUCGCGCCCGCCUUGCUUGUGGGCCCCUGGGUCCUGCCUCAGCCCUGGGACGGACAUCGAGUUCCUGCUGCUGGGCCUGGGCGUUGCCAGUCUCCGCGGCCCAGGCCGAGGUGACGACCUCCACGUGGGCAGCCCAGAGCACCGGCCCCUCACCAGGUGCUUUACGGGCAACUUGCAAUGACUGGCAGCUGGUCACUCUCAAACCAGAGUGACAGGAAUGCACUGUGCCUUGAAAUGUAUCAUUUCCCCCUUUUCUGGAAGGCCCAUCAGUUGGAAAGCCAGUUGUUAGGGCUUAGGCGUUUAUUUCUCGCAGUUGGCGGUUUGCUGUGAUGUCUCCGUGGCAUCAAUCUUUCCGCUUCUCCAGCAGUGCCAACCAUGCCCAGGGAAGCCCCGACAGGUACAUGGCCCUCCUGUCUUCCUUCUUCUUCAGUGACUCUAACUCGGGUCAUCCCUGUUGACCUGCCAGGGCUGUGGCGACAGUCUGGGGAGACACAUGUUUCCUCACUUGGGCUGUCACAAACUUCCAGUAAAAAUGGGAAUUAAUCAGGACAAUCUCCUUGCUUCUGUUACUACAAAAUUAACCUCCUAAAAGCCCACAGUACAGUGUGCGUGCUGCGUGCCCUAAGCAGCUCGACCUGGACCGAGAGUCACCCGGGCCUGAUGCUUUUCAGGCCGGCCGUCCCCUUCCCUAGACGCCAUCCCUGUCCCCACCGUGGGACUUGCAGUCGGUCUCAUCGGGCCCAUGAGGCUUAAUGCCACACGGCUUUCCCAAAGUUGUCAGAGGCGGGUCAGUUCAUGUCUGUAGUGACUUUCAAUAAUAGUUUCGUUACCAAGCAAGGUUAUUUUGGAGAAUUAAAAUAAUACAUGAAAUAUUAAAAAGCCUUGAAAUUUU